AUGACUCAAUCGCCUUUUCUUCGACUCUUUCUUCCCCGCCAAAUUCCUCUCUGCAACCCCGCCAGAAGCUUCUACCACACCACCGCUGCUCUCAAGGCUGUCCAGGCAUCCAAGAAGAACCACCACGCGAUGGCGAGUGUAACUACCAAGACCGGCAAGGUCGUGGACCGUACGGUCCUCGACUCGAUGCUCCGGCGCCGUCUCUUCUACACCCCCGCUUUCGAGAUCUACGGAGGCGUCUCUGGUCUCUACGACUAUGGCCCGCCCGGUACCGCUCUUCUGAACAACAUUGUGGAUGUGUGGCGCAAGCAUUUCGUGCUGGAGGAGGAUAUGUUGGAAAUGGACUGCACAAUGCUUACCCCGCACGAGAUUCUGAAGACCAGCGGACACGUCGACAAGUUCGCCGACUGGAUGUGCAAGGACCCAAAGACCGGAGAGAUCUUCCGCGCCGAUCACUUGGUGGAGGAAGUCCUAGAAUCUCGCCUGAAGGGCGACAAGGAGGCUCGUGGUGAAAAGGUCGUGGUGGAUGAGGAGAAGGAGGCCAAGAAGAAGAAGAAGUCCAAGGACGCAAAGGCUGUCAAGCUGGACGACGCUGUCGUUAAGGAAUACGAGGAGGUUCUGGCGCAGAUUGACAACUUCGAUGGCCCCCAGCUGGAGGAGCUCAUCGCCAAGUACGAUAUCAGAAACCCAGCGACUGAUGGCAACCUCCUCCCUCCCGUUGCUUUCAACCUCAUGUUCCAGACCUCAAUUGGACCCAGCAGCAACAUGCCCGGUUAUCUGCGCCCCGAAACCGCUCAGGGCCAGUUCCUCAACUUCCAGAAGCUCCUCGAAUUCAACCAGCAGUCUAUGCCCUUUGCAUCUGCCUCCAUUGGUAAGUCUUUCCGGAAUGAGAUCUCUCCUCGCGCCGGUCUGCUGCGAGUGCGUGAGUUCCUCAUGGCUGAAAUUGAGCACUACGUGGACCCUGAGGGUGGUAAGAAGCACCCUCGCUUUGCAGAAGUCAAGGACACUGAGAUGUCUUUGCUCCCCCGCGACGUCCAGCUGUCUGGAAGCACCAAGACCCAGAGGAUGACUAUCGGCAAGGCUGUUGAGAUUGGACUCGUGGACAAUGAAACCCUCGGAUACUUCAUUGCACGUAUCCAGUCGUUCCUUUACAAGCUUGGUGUGGACCCGAGCAAGCUUCGUUUCCGUCAGCACAUGGCUAACGAGAUGGCCCACUAUGCUGCGGAUUGCUGGGAUGCGGAACUCCAAACCAGCUAUGGCUGGAUUGAAUGUGUUGGUUGCGCCGACCGCAGUGCCUAUGACUUGACUGUGCACAAGAACAAGACCGGCGCUCCUCUCGUUGUCCGUGAGCCCCGUGCCGAGCCUCUGAGAAUCGAAGAGUGGCAGGUUGAUCUGGACAAGAAGAAGUUCGGGCCCCGCUUCAAGAAGGACGGAAAGGCCGUGGCGGCUGCCGUUGAGGCUCUUUCCCAGGAAUUCCGUGAGAAGCUGGCCAUCGAUCUGGAGAAAAAUGGCAAGAUUGAAGUGGAGGUGGAGGGUGUUGGCUCUGGCAAGGUUGAGCUUGACCAGGACAUUGUCAAGAUUGAGAAGCGCACUCGCGUUGAAAACAUCCGCGAGUACACACCUAACGUCAUUGAGCCAUCGUUUGGUAUUGGCAGAAUCCUGUACAGCAUGAUUGAGCAUGUCUACUGGUCUCGCGAGGGCGAUGAAGCUCGUGGCGUUCUUUCCUUCCCUCCUGUUAUCGCUCCUACCAAGGUUCUGAUCGUUCCUCUCUCGACGCACGCCUCCUUCCGCCCUCUGCUGCAGCAGCUGAUGACCAAGCUGCGGCGCUUGGGAGUAUCCAACAGGGUUGACGACUCCUCCGCCAGUAUCGGUAAGCGCUACGCGCGUAACGACGAACUUGGUACACCUUUUGGCAUCACCGUUGAUUUCCAGUCGGUGAAGGAUAACACCUUCACUCUGCGUGAUCGUGACACGACAAAGCAGGUCCGUGCCAGCGAGGAGGAGAUUCUACAGGCCAUCAAGUCUCUAGUAGACGGCGAGAAGUCGUGGGAAGAUAUCCGCAAGGAGCUUCCUGAAUUCACUGGCCAGGAAGUUGAUUAG